CCAAAGCUAUGUCAAACAAGAUAUCUCUGGAAGAAAGGUAUGAGACCUUCAUGGUUCUUAGUGGAGUAGGGGAUGCUUUGGCUUACAACCACGGGGACUGGGAGUUCGAGCAGAAUGGCAAGGUCAUCCAUGCCGAGGUGAAGAAAGGAGGUAUUGCCAAACUGGACGCCAAGCACUUCCCUGUCACAGGGGACACUGUGAUGCACCUGGCCACGGCCGAGGCUCUGGUGGAGGCAGGGGAAGGAGCCACUCUCCCUCAGGUGUACCUCACCUUGGUGAGAGAGUACAUCAAGAGCAUGAAGGAUAUGCACGGGAGAGCCCCUGGUAGGUUGAGCCCUCUCGCAUCUCUGACUGACUUUCCAACUCACUCAUGUGAUGGUUUGACAAGACUACAUCAGAACUCUUGGGGGGUGCCCAAGGUGAACUACGAGGGGCUGGAGUACCGAGCCAGACUGGCAGGAGUGGCAAAGCAGCUUUACGAGCUCAGGGGAAAACCCCUGCUUAUGAAGUAA